AUGGGUGUCGCAAAGAAAACAAAGAAGUUUGCGCAGGUGAAGCGCACCAUCAAGGCUCGGGAUGAGCGGAUGAAGAAAGCGACCGAAAAGACCAAGCCAAAGAAACCCGCUGAGGAGUUGACUCGCCAUGUCCAAGCAGCCCCCACCAACAUGUUCUUCGCUGCAAACACUGCUCUCGGCCCUCCUUACCGAGUCCUGGUCGAUACCAACUUCGUUUCCCACGCUAUUCGCGCAAAGACUGACUUGCUCACAUCGAUGAUGGAUUUGCUCUACGCGAAAUGUAUCCCAACCUUCACCGAUUGCACGAUUGCGGAAUUGGAAAAGCUCGGUGAAAAGUAUCGACUGGCACUGCGGGUAGCAAAGGAUCCGAGAUGGGAGCGGGUCAAGUGUUCUCACAAAGGCACAUAUGCAGAUGACUGCCUGGUUGACAGAGUGUCGAAACAUAGAAUUUAUAUUGUCGGGACCAAUGAUAAAGAACUUUGCCGCAGACUGCGCAAGAUUCCCGCUGGUGUGAUCGGGAUCUCGACAGCGCUCUGCCUGCAGCCACAGCUUGAUCGCUCUCAAUCAAUCUUAAUCGUUGCGCGAGACUUUCCUAACACAACUUCCCUCAACUAUGCCUCUCCCUGGGCAGGCGCACACUACCGACCUGUCCCUGGAUUAUCACCUCAGGCUGUGCGAGAGGAAAAGCAAGCCCAACGGACAUAUGAGCACUUCAAGGUUGUCGCGGCGCAGGAGCCAGGAGCCGGUGUGAAAGCCAUCGAUGGAAUCGAACAUCUCGAAUCGCCUCCGGCAGAAUACCUCGAUGAGGCUGUCAUCCAACAAUCAUACGCUCAUCUGGAUGACUUCCGUCCACUCCCACCCAGUGAAUUGCCCGUGGGGGUCAAGUGGGGAGUUUCCUAUCGCACCUUUGUGGUCAACCCCCCAGUUUAUUGUGCUCAUAUGCUACGCCAAUUCGUCCUGAAAGGCGGCCAGACAAAGGAGCACACCGUCGUCAAUCCCAUGGAGGCCUUCUAUCUCGCAGGCAACGUCAAGACCGUCAUCAACUGCACGGGAAUGGGAUUUGCCGAUCCCAAAUCGUUCAUUAUCCGAGGCCAAACCUGCUUGGUCCGCAAUCCUUGCUCUGCAACCAUCACCCGGCAGAAUUCCGAUGGUACGUGGUCCUUCUGCAUCCCUCGUCCACUUGAAGGCGGCACCAUCAUUGGGGGCACGAAACAGCCACACAAUUGGGAUCCCAAUCCGUCGUCAGACACUCGACAACAGCUGCUCGCGAACGCGGCCAAGUGGUUCCCGUUUCCGCCUGCAAGCGAAGCGAAAUUCGACGUUCUUCGGGACAUCGUUGGCCGUCGACCAGCGAGAGAAGGUGGCGUCAGACUCGAGGCAGAAACGGUAGGUGAUGGCCGCACAAUUGUGCAUGGUUAUGGGUUAGGCGGACGAGGCUUUGAGCUCUCAUGGGGCGUAGCGUCCGAUGUUGUGUCGUUGAUGCAGGAACACGGCCUGGUACAGGGAAAGUCUCUGCUGUAA